UUUGCACUCCCUUCUCCUCUUCUUCUUCUUCCUCUUCCUCUUUCUCUUCCUCUCCUCUUCGGACUCCUUUUCUGUCCUAAGCUUCUCCCAGCGCCUUGUUUAGAAGACGAAUCUCCUACUCACGACGCUUAUCAUUCCAGCUUCUUAUCAGUCCAUACCAAAUACGUCAUGCGACGGUUCUCGACCGUGGGCCAUUAAUUCCCCAGAGUCAGUCAUACGAUUUCCGCUCAGGUACAUACAAACAGUACAUUCCAAACGGUGUACCUCCGUUCUCAUCUUCGGCCUUUUUUCACUCUUCCACAACUACGUCUCCGUUCCCAUACCAGGGAAUCUUGGGAAUCUUAGAGCUUUUCGCAUUACGCUUUCUGGCUGAAUGGAGUCCAGUCUUCAAUAUCUACAAGAUGGGUUGUUGCUUGUCCACUUCGCGUGACAACCGCUCCGCAUAUGCAACCCAGGCAGCCACCGAAGAGCGCCGUCCGGAAGCGUCCUCUCGUGGAGUGAGUUCAACCGCCGCCACCGCUAUCCCUUCUAACUCGGCGCGUGUCGUCAUUCGUUCCUCCCCGGAUAAUCUCCCCCUAAAUGAGAAUUUCAACGCCCCUAUCCGCCGUCAUGUCUGGUAUAGCAAGCGACGACUGUGGAAUCGUGCGCAGCUGGAUCAGGAGCGCAAGGAGUUCUUCGAGACGCGGGUGACGGGUAAACCUGAGAUCUGGGCCGCGCUGUCUGCGGCGAUCUCGCUCAUGCAGACGGGUGAUCUCACUACGGCUCAGAGCAUCAUUGACGCUGCCGGAGUCACGGUGCCUACGGGUGACUUGUGUCAGGGUGUCUAUGAUGAGCAAGGGGUCCUCUAUAGGUUACCACAGUGCAUUGUGAGCGAUCCAGAGAACUUGGUAAAAUCCAACCUCGCAGAAGAUGAUUUCGACACCGACGACGGCAAGUUAUCAUUGGACGAGGAAUCGGGGGACGAACUUAUUGCAGACGAUGCCGAGCGUCGCAGAGAUGAGAAGGGCAAGGUCAGCGAGCGAGAUUUAAUCCGCGUGAAAGCACGACUAAGCGAUAGAGGCGGGCCUGACAUGGUCGUGACUGUCGGCAAAACGCAGAAUGUUGCUUAUAUCGCCCGCAGAUUACAACAGGAAGCCGAGAUCCCCAAAACACAGCGCGUAAAAAUCGCCUACUUGGGCAAAAUCCUCAAAGAACAUUUACCCUUAGUCGAUCAAGGAUGGAAACAGGGUAAUGUGAUCAACGCAUUGGUUGUCGCACGGCCAUCUCCAUCAUGUUAAUCGCUGCUCCAUUUCUUCAAAUCCCUCGGAACUCCUCCCAGUCAAAAUUCCAAAUCGGAGAUUGACCCAUUUUUGCGAGACAUUUCGAGUAUUUAACGACAAUCACCAUUACGAUAUCCCCUAGUUUAUUGUUUAAUUUGCAUAAUACCCCAUGUUUUGUCCUUUCCAUCGCCUAUGUCCCACUAUCACACCUGCUCAAAUUUACCGCUUGUACAGGCUGUUCGGUUUGGCUGAUAGCCACCUCCUUCCUGGCCACGGCUUAUGUUAACAUCACAAUAUGUAUUGACUGCAGUUAUUUCCAUAGGAAUAGUCUAAUUAAUUUAAAUGUGAGUGCCCGUGUGGUAUUCGACCAUGAA